GUGAAAUCCUUUGGUUGUACUUUUCUCUGUGCUCAUAAACGAAGCUGCAGUGUCCUGUGUGAUUAUAGGUGAAGAAGAGCCUUUAAAUAACAUCCAUUUAACAUUUAAUUUGUGUUGACCGAUGAUGGCAGAUGACGGUCCAGUUGAGGAUUAUCCCACUGAAAUCGAGGAAAACCUGAAUGAGUUUGAUUCCUCUGUGACUUCAGUUCAAAACAUGGUCCAGAGUCUCAUAUCUGCACCCAGAAGCAACCAUCUGGUUAAAUUGAAUCCUCUUGAUCAAGCUAAAUUGGACCUGAUGUCUGUAUAUGCACUCAACUCAAUGUUCUGGAUGUAUUUGGUGACACAAGGAGUCAAUCCUAAAGACCAUGGGAUCAAACAAGAAUUGGAGAGAAUCAGGACUUGUAUGAACAAAGUAAAGGAGAUCGCAGACAAAAAGAAAGCUGCCCGGCUCAACACAGACGCAGCCUCGCGGUUUGUUCGAAAUGCAUUGUGGGAUGCAGAGGACAAGAAAGGAAAAGACAACAGUGAGCAUUCACACAGAGGAAAACACAAGAGGUUUUAAUUGACUUGAGUUGACUGUUUAACACACACACACGCUGUGCAGUUUGUGUUUUUUGACAAACGUUAUUUUGCUGAUUUGGGGAUUGUUCAGGAGAAACGGCUUUGGAAGCUUUAGAUAUGUGACUUUUUGUGCUGCCAUAUGUUGAGCAGUAAUAUGUUUUCCACAGGUUGACUUAUUUGAAACUAAGGAAGAAACUCAGUCUUUUUAUUGUUUUAUUUUUUCCAUUUGUUUUUCAUAGUCUUGCAUAUGUUUUAUAUCUGGGGUUAUAUAAUCUAGAAUGUGGAUCGUUCAUACAGCUGUCCCAUUAAAACUUUUAAAGCCUC